GUUCGCAAAAAAUGGCCGAGUUGGUGAGGUGACCAUUAUGGUAAAAACAAGGGCAAAUUUGCCUUUUCUUCGCACUCUUCGGUCUGGAAACGGUAGAGGAAAGAACAUUGGGAAUAGAGAGGAAAAUGUGAGUAUAAAAAGCGAGUUUCUAGGUCCGCCGGUUUAAAAUUUACACUAUUACGACGUUUUGGUGACAUAAGUUUAGUUUAAGCUCGCCAAUGAGUGAUGCAUGAUCGCGUUCACUUCACACAGCGUCAAAUUCACCGAAUGAAUUUAUCCUUUUUCUGUUAAGGAACCUUCAAGUGACGAAAGUGGAUUAGAGACAAAACCUUUACCUUCGAAAAGACGUCGUUUGCGUAGCUCGGAAGCCUUUACAAACCGUGGAUAUCCGUCCCUCGAGGCAACAGUUCCGUUGGCAACUGUUCCAUUGACUCGCUCCACUCGCCAAUCUUUAAGGUAACUUUAUCACUUUAGUGAUACUUUGAGCCCUUCGGUGAGUUUCUUAGACCACAACUAGCGUGUGAACGUAGUUACUGCUCAUGUUCCUGCAUGUAUUCACCUAUUUUUCUCUUUCCGUUAGAAUCCUAAAUGGCACAACUCGGACGGUCGAAACAAGAAAUUCGCAAGGAAGGUCGAGUAAGUUUAGUUCGUACUUCAGCCCAGUUGAUCUCUUUUACCGCACGAUUAACGUUUUCUGUUUACACCUAAACAUAAAUUCUUUACUGAAUUGUUUCUUCAGGGAAAGGCGUCAGAGUCUCCAGGUCUGUUGCGCGGAGAGAAAGCAAAAGAAACAAUGAGAUGUUAGACGAGUCGGAGCUCAUUCGUCGAAGCGAAAGAAAACGACGAAAAGUUUACGACACUCUAAAUGUCCAUAUGCUUACAGACCAUCGCUAUUUGAUGGGAUAUGAAAAUACGAAAUCGCCAAAGAAGAAAGCUGCGAGAAAGAGAUAUUCAGAAGAGGAAAGCGAUUCCCAGACCGAAGAGGUAUGGUUAAUAUUUGAAUAUGUAUUGUUUAUUUUGAAAUUGGCGCCAUUUUGCUUCUUUUUGGCGCCAUUCUUAGCGAAGACAAUCUGUACAUCUAAAAUCCUGACUUUGAGGUGAUAAUGCGGAGAAUUUUGCUCAGAAAGCCGGACAAAUGUAGAUUUUCUUUUCUUUUGCACUUUUGCAGCAAACAUGCUGAAUAUGUUGGCAGGAAUAAAUGAAGAAAAAUGCACUUUUUAUGUGGCCUGGGAACAAGCUUGGUUCAGGUCAUUUCCAUCUUGUUUUCCAAAAGGGAACCCAGCCUACUGGAAGCCAGAUUAAAGGGAUUUGUAUGGGAAUUUAUUGUAAGAUCGAUAAAACAGUUAAAAUGCACAUAAACAGCCAUUAAAGUGUGCAUAGCUCAUAAAGAGUUGUGUGUUGUUUUCUUACAGUUUCUGGCUCUUUCAAUGCCAUUUUAGUAAGUUUUCAUGUUUUGGUUUCUCACCCACUGUACUAAGAAGAAGACAAGGAAAACUUGGCUUUCCUACACUGCCCAAAGAGAAAGUUACAAAAAUUUCCUUCAUUCCACUCCAAUUGCUCCAGAACUUCACUUGAGCAUAGACUGAAGAUUUUCCUGCCCUGAACAUGUCAGUUUAGUUCCAAACAUCAAGUCAUGGUCUCCAGAGGAUGAGAAAUGUAGCAAAAAAAAUUUGAACUUAGCACUUCUGUGGAAUCUCUCCUCUUUGUGGUGUACUAUACUGCCGAUGGUUAUUGCUCUUGGCUUAGUAGCCACACCGCAUAUUCACAAUACCCUUGAUAGUGAGGGCCAGAGGAAAAAUCAACCCAUGCAAACUAGUUGGUCAAAAAUAUCGAGAAUAAAAAAAAUUUAGCUAGUUAAAGCUAGACUUUAAUUCUUUUUGCUGUCAAAAUGCCCUCGCUUUUCGUUACUAGUGGGCUAUAACAUAUAGCCUAGUAGUAGCUCAACCAAUCAGAACGUAGCAUUGAUAAUAGACCACUAGCUGGAUUUUACUAAAAUAAUAUUACUAGGGCUACGCAACAAAGGAAUAUUCUGAAUCAGUCUAGAUUAAAUAAUGGCUUUACCCUAGAAUGAAUUUUACCUACAGUAUAUAUCCUUUAAAUAUUUAAAUUUGACCGAUACCAAUAAUAGCUGUACUUAUUACUUUGUGUGCAGGAUACAGCUGUACAAACACCAAGCAUGUAUGACCUGGUAAAACGAAAACAUGACCAGACACCAACACCUGAGAAACGAUCAACAAGAAGCAGCAGGCGCCAAGGAGAAGCUGAAGAUAGUGAUGAGGAAGAUGAUGAAGAUGAUGAUGAGGAUGAUGAUGAUAAUGAUGAGGAUGACGAUGAUGAGGAGGAGGAAGAAGAAGAGGAUGCAGAGGGAGGAGAAGGGAAAGAUUAUAAGGGGUAUUCCCUAAGGCAGAAAAGACCUAUACCUAAUAGAUACACUGCACCUCCCAUGAAGUCAAGUAAAGGUAUGCACUUGUAAAAGCUGUUACUUAAUUACAGUACUUAUGCACAUUGGAGAUCAGAAUUACAGUUGACUCCUGAUAACUCGAACCUUAAAAAAAAGUUACAGUAAUGGAUAGUUUGAGUUAUUGGGAGCUUGAAGAAAAAAGCAGGGAGUAAGAAAAAAAACUGGCGUAUUUGUGAACCCUGCAUCAUGUAACAAAAUAUAGCCUAAAUAGAGCGUGCAUUAUACUGUUUUGAGAAGAAAAGCUGUUCCUAUUAGAUUUGGGACAAACAACAUCAGCCUCCACUAGUAAACUAAAAUGCCUACGACACGUCUAUGUGAAAUUCAAAAUUCAGUGUUUCGGACACCAGUACACUGUUUUUUGCUGACUUUUUAUGUGCUCAAAACAUGGUUUGAGUGUAUCGGGAAUAAAAUAAUAUUAUAUAGAAAUGAUCUGUGGGGAAACAAAAAUUACUUCGAGUUAGUGGGAGGUUCAAGUUACCGAUAGUUUGAGUCACUGAGGUAAAAAUUACAGUAAAUGUAGGAAGAAAAUCAAGGUGGAAUUGAUUUUGGUUCAAGUUAGCGAGGUUCCAAGUUAUUGGGAGUCGACUGUACUAAAUAGAACAGGCGAGGAACAGGGUGCAAAGAAAGUCAGUUUUACAGCCUGCCAUUCGGGCAAGCUGUAGCAAGCAUGUACUAGCCCACAAGUCAUUUCAACUAGCCUCAAAACCCUUUUUGAUUAGCAGGAUUGAUUACAAUCCUCCUGUAAUUUGAAUUUCCCAACAAAAAAAAACAGCACUUGCCCAUCGGGCAAGUUAAGUUCAACAAAAAUCACUAGCCCGAUAGCAAAUUCACUAGCCCCGGGCUAUCAUACACAACUUUCUUUGCGUGCUAGAGAAAGCUAUUCAAAGCCCUCACAACCCUCAUUGUUAUUCCUAGCAAGUAGUUUGACAAGAAUUCAGGUGCAUCCUUGCUUCUACCAUGUCCAUGGGGGUGUUUGGGGUACUGGCAAAGAAGAAAAGAUUAGUCACAUAAUUGCAGAACCAGUAUGUGUCUUAUCCUACAUUGUCACCUUUAUAGGUUUCUUUAUUGGAGUACAUAAAAGUACAAAAUAAAUUAAAGACUGGGGCCUGGAAUAAAGCCUCAUGUCACUGACCAUAAACUAAUUGAUUAUCCUUCCAAUUUGUAGAUGCUUGUUGUAAAUCAAAGGGAGAAUUUGAUACUAAAUCAAGGGAUGUUUAGCACUAUAUUCCAUCAUGCCCUUGGGUUGCCUUGCUAAUUAGCCAUUGUUUAGGAAUGCAAACCCUUUGUUUUGUUAAAACACACUUAGGGUCAACUUCAUUGUUCAACUCAGUCCCUUAUUUUCCUUUUAGACUCUUUCAUUGUAUAUGGUACUUUUACCUUAUAGGGAAGAGGGGACACUUUCACAUGACAGUGAGACAGAAGAGUGGAGAGAGGAAAAAGCCAAAUCAGUAUGCUUCUCCUUUGAGAAAGAUGCGUAGACAUAAACGGAAGGCGAUAAAUAUGAGCUCAUCAACUUCUUCAUCUGGUAUAAAAGAUAAUUCCUUCCUUUAUGAUUAACAUUUUUUUAGCUUUGUCUUAGUCAAAUACAAAAUCAUGGCACAGAAAAUCUCUGACUGAGAAAAUAAUAGUUGUAUUGAUGUUGAGACCAAAAGAUGUAAAAGGAAAUUUUGAUAGUUGUUUGAGUUUAGUGAAUCAUGUGACCACUACAUCCUUCCAUUUAUUCAUUUUCCCUGAUUUUGGUAAAGUAUUAUUAAAUCUAAACAUUCCUGUAAAAUAGAGCGGUUUUCACUUGACUGUCGAAAGGGAUUGGUUUUGGUUUUGGUUUUGGUUUUACUACGCCCUUUGGUUGGCUAGUGUAUUUACUUUGGUUUUGGUUUUACGACAGUCAAGUGAAAACCGCGCUAAAACCGGGCUAUUUAGAAAGUGAACUUAAGGACAAUAAUUCAAACAUAGGAACUUGUGUAAAAUCCUUUCAUUCUCAGAGCUAUCUGAGAAUUAAAUCAACUUUUUCAUUAAGGCAUCAGCUGACAAAAACCAGAGGAAAAAUUUCAGUCACAAAAUUAAACUUUUUGAUUGCCAGUAGUUUUUGACUUCAAAAAAGGAAUAUAUCAAAUAAAAUGCUGGUACACUGAGUGAAGUUUUUUUUACCAGCCAGGAGGUCUUAAGAUUACUCACCAGUAUUCACAUCCAGUGAGUUGCAAUUUUGGGCCCUGUUGUUGACAGCACAUUCAUGUCUGUCAUGUAGUGUUAAAUUUUGGUCUUCUUGAAUUUUGUUUGUGGGUUAUCUGUGUGUUCUAGAUGACUCUGACAAUGAAAAAGAUGAAAGAAAAUUUGAAAAACGAAAGGCAAAGAGCAUGGCUAAGGCAAGAGAUCGCUGCCUACCUAUGAAUUUCACUAAUGACGAUGCUGCCUCAGGAAUUCUGAAGGAAAGAGCUAGAAUUGGUUCAAGCCUGGCUGAUGUUGAUCCCAUGAACAUUGACAGAAAGGUAAUCCUGCGGAGAUUUUUUGCCUUAUUGGGUGAUAUUGAUUAAAAGAUUUAAAGAUUGUGCAUAUUCUAUCUCUAGGAAUCAACGAGUAUAUUUUUUACUGUCCCCUGUAUGUUCCACCAGUAUAACCCCAACCAAAACCUGCUUCAAAUGUGUGUAAGCAAGGGCAUAACACCAGUAUUUUACAGCCUGUGGUUUAAUAGACCCUUCCAUAGUUUUUUCAACUUUGACUUGGACCAGUUAUCCGACAUCUGUUGACACAGCUGGAAAGAGCACCUCAUGAAUCAAGCAUGAGUGCCUCCUAUGAUACAAACAUCUGUAAAAUUGUGCAGCUUUGUGGAGCAAUAUCCUUGAGCACUGUCUUUGGAUAAUUAUACUACCUUUAAACUUGGUAUGUUUUAUAAUUUAAGGUGCCCUUUUUAGUAGUUUCAGUGGAUAUUUGCUUACUGGUCUCUAUCAAAACUUGAAAGAAAAAAAAUGUGGAAGCAUCCACUGUAAGAGAUAUCAGCAAAUGUUAUUUUUGCUUGUUAUAAUUAUUCAGGUGAUGUUUGAUGCAGUUGGUGGUCUUAACAAGCAGAUACGAGCACUUAAGGAAAUGGUUUUAUUUCCACUUAUGUACCCCGAAGUCUUUGAGAAGUUCAAAAUUUCUCCUCCAAGAGGAGUCCUCUUUCAUGGGCCACCAGGUACAAUGUUGACUUGAAUUUAGGUGGGAGAUAUUAUUAACUAACCUCUUGUGAUUAAUAUUUAUCCCUGACUUAAAAGCCCCAUUUUAGAGCCAUACAAUGUAGCUAGGAUAACCAACCAUGCUAUAGUUUGAGGAACUGCAUUUUAUUUUAAGGGAAUAAAUGGUGAAUAACUGAUUUAUUGAACAUGAGGCAAACUUGCAUUCAUGAAUUAUCUACCAGCAGUAAAUACCUGUACCUCAGCUAGCUGCAUUCAUUGUAGAGGAGGUAAAAGUGUCCCUCUCACCCCUAUUCUAAUUUCCAUUUGGUCAUCACUUCUGCAAUAAACUCUUUGACACUCGUCCUUUUCAUGUUUAAGUACUAGGUGGCAAUGUAUUGUUAUUGUACUUGAUUUUUUUUAAAGUGGUGAUCUCUGUAACAUUUUUAUGUAAGGUACUGGAAAAACACUGGUAGCACGAGCCCUUGCCAAUGAAUGCAGCCAAGGUGACAAGAAGGUUGCAUUUUUCAUGAGAAAAGGUGCAGAUUGUCUUAGUAAGUGGGUUGGUGAAUCUGAAAGACAACUCAGACUACUGUUUGAUCAGGUAAGGUUCACUGUAGUGUAGAAUGUUCUUGAAGAAGGUUACUAUAUAUAUAGGCUAACAUGACUCUAUUUCUUAAUGAGUUUUUUAGAAUGGUUUGUUUUCAACAUGGUUUUUUGUUCUUUGCGUGGAAAAUCAGAAUGGUUUGUUUUCAACAUGGCCUCUUUUUGGUCAUGAAUUUUUUUUUUCAUUUUUAAACACGAAUAAAAAAUGCAUGUUCUUUGAAGUCUUUUUUUUCAAAUUACUUUUUGGAAAAAAGCUGUCUGCCCAUGACUGCACUGAUCAUAUCAAAACUCUAUUUUUUUUCAGACUGUUUAACAAUGUUUGGUGGAGGGUAUUUUCCUCUUGUUUUGGUAAUGAUAACAGUAUAAAUUCAAAUCUCUUGACUACAUGUAGGAGUUGUCAGAAUAAAUCAUCUUGGAUUAACUCUCAAAAAAGGUUGUCAUCUGGCCUUAAACAUCAAAAGGUUUAUAAUUACAGUGCUUUCCUAGUCCGUAGUGUAAAUUUUUUUUUAAAACCUUUAAUUGAAUUCAUGUAAUGUAUUAUGAAAUAUUUAAACCCACAGGCAUUCAGUAUGAGACCGGCCAUUAUCUUUUUUGAUGAGAUAGAUGGACUGGCUCCAGUACGUUCUAGUCGUCAGGAUCAAAUCCACAGCUCUAUUGUGUCUACUCUACUGGCUCUUAUGGAUGGUCUUGAUAGCAGAGGUGAAAUAGUGGUGAUUGGUGCAACCAACAGAAUUGAUGCUAUUGACCCUGCACUACGCAGACCUGGCCGCUUUGAUAGAGAAUUUCAAUUUGCUCUUCCAGAUAAAAACGUAGGGUUACUUAUUUAUUGUUGAGCAGUCCAUUUGCAAUGAUUAACUUGGUCUGUCUUUUCAUUUUAAGUAACUGACUGUAUAAUAUAAUUAUAGCCACAUUUAAGUGUUAAAUAAUGUGAUUUUUGAGAGGUUCAGGAAGGAGGCAGGGGGGCGGGGUGGGUUGUAAAUUCCUUCCUCUCUGGGCAUGUCAACCUUUCAGAUGCCUGGAAUAUGCGUGGUGGGGGGAGGGGAGAGGGCAAGAAGGAGGGUACUUCCUAGUAAUAGGCUAAUUGCGAUGUGCCACUGGAUAGGGUCACAUUUUCUCGACUGGAUUGGCUAUAAUGGGGUUGUGUUUUCAAUGCAUUUCUAGAGUGGGGUCUCACAUUUUCGGGAGGUAGGGACUUAAAAAAAGGGAAGAUUUUCGCUACAUGUACAUUAUUGUGUGUUUGGGAGGUAGGGAUCUAUGAAUGGGAAGAUUUUCCCUACAUGUGCCUUAAGGUUAACAAAUGUGUCAAUUCCUUUCAGGAUGACCUAGUUAAACGGCUUUUUAAGAACAGAAAGUGACUAAGUUGGGAUUGCAAAAAUUACAUUUUCCCAAAAGUCACUAAGAUGGGGUUGAUAAUUGGCCAAUGGGUAGGGGUUCUGAAUGCCAGUGGCACGUACCCAACAAAAGUUAACCCAAGGAACCCCAGCGCAAGUGGAGGGGGGCUGGGUGUCGUAUAGAUUACUCUGAUUGACACAAUACUGAUAGGGUGAUUGUGUACUUCUAGGCAAGGAGAAGCAUUUUUAGCAUUCACACUCGUGAGUGGGAACCUAAACUUCUGCCGUCCUUUAUAAGUGAGGUUGCAGAUCGCUGUGUAGGUUACUGUGGUGCAGACAUUAAGGCUUUAUGUACUGAGGCUGCCCUGUUCGCCUUGAGGAGACGUUAUCCACAAAUUUAUAAUAGUACCAAGAAGCUAUUGGUUGAUGUUAAUUCUAUUGAAGUGACAGCCAAAGACUUCCAGAAGGCAAUGAAGACAAUAGUUCCUGCGUCACAGCGAUCAGUGGUUUCUCCUGCAAGAGCUCUUUCACCUCUCAUUUGGCCACUGCUGAAAAAGGCUCUUACUGAAGCAGCUGAGAUUGUAGAGAAAGUAUUCCCUCCUGCUCACAUAAAGACAGGUACACAAUUCUGACAGUACCUAGGAUUAUGAUUUUUCUUAGGAUGUCAUAAUCUUGUUAUUGCGAUUAUUUUUUCGAAUAAAUUUGCCAUAGCUUGUGAAAUAUACCCAUUUUCACCACAGAAAUGCAAAAGACAGCUAUUAUUAUCAUUAUCAUCAUCAUCAUCAUUAUUAUUUAACAGUAAUAUUCCACGAGUGCGCGUUGGAUAUGAGAUGCCGAGUUGACUAUAAUCAUCUCAUAUCCAACAAGCGUGAGUGGAAUAAUAAUGUUUUAUUAAAACCGCCCACAAAAUAUCGAGAAUUCUUCCCGACUUUAUAUAUAAAAACAACCGAUUUUCAGCUUGUUUUUAAUUCUGAGUAGAUGUGUAAAGUUACCAUAUUUGGAGAGCAUGGUUUAGUGGCUCAUAUACCAUUGAUGGCUAAGCCAAUCAGAGCUCUAAAAUUACAUUAUCCAAUGAUUCAGGUUUUAAUAAUAAAUAUUAUCAUUAUCAUUAUUAGCAGUUUUUUCUGUGCUCUAAAUACAUGGUGUUAGUGUGCUGUGCGGAUCCUUUUUUUCAGCCUCCUUUUAAGUCCUAGUGAAAACUGUCAUGCAUCUAUGUGUAAAAUUGUUCCUUAAAUGAUAUUAUAAUAAUAAACAUAAGCAUAUCAUCAAUAAUAAUUGAGAACACCAAGAGAAUAUGCACCUUUAGGUGUUAUGGUUUACAAGGUACACCUUUUACCUGCCUAGAAAUAUACAUAUAGCUGUAAAGAAAGUAUGCUGUAAGGUUAGAGUAGGCUGUCACUUAAAAUAAAAUUAUAAUAUUGUUUCUUCUUCCCUCAUGUUUUGAAAAUAGUGACAGAGAGUAGUCCCUGCAGCCUUCUGGGAAAUCCUAGCAGUAGUAGGAAUGACCAGCGUAACAAGACAGCUGCAGUGUUAAGUGAUGAAGAAGCCAGCUCUGAUGAUGAUUUGGGACCACCUAUCUUUGAGUCUCUUCCUGGAUCAUCCAGAAGUGAACGCUACAUGAGACGAUUACAGCAGUUUUCCGGCAACCCUGAAACAUCAGAAAACCAUUAUUCUUCAUUCUUCAGCUCACUUAAUGGCCCAGCACAAGGACUGUCAACAUAUCGACCCAGAUUCUUAAUUUGUGGUCGUCAGGGUAUGGGUCAGUCAACUCAUGUUGCUCCUGCAUUGUUACACACCAUGGAACACUUGACAGUUUACUGUUUAGACUUGCCAGCUUUGUAUGGUGUUACUUCUAAGACCCCUGAAGAAGCUUGUUCUCAGGUAUGGUUGUGUCCUUCUUUGCAGUGAUAUUUUUUUAACUUUCUUUCAAGGAAACUGAAUCAUAGCAGAAGUUUCAAUAACUUCCAAUUGAAAUGCUUCUAAUACUUUUGUGUAUGGUAAAUGUUUUGUGAGAGGAGGCAUGUGGCCUAGCAGUUUACACGUCAAACUCCAGAUCUGGAGGUCGGGGGUUCAAGCCUCACUGGUCACGUUGUUUCCCUAGACAAGGACAUACUGCUUGGGGGUAACCCUGCAAUGGACUAGCAUCUGUCCAGGGGGGAAUAGCAGUACUCAUAGGCAUGGUUCAUGGUAAGGAAACUUGGAUAAACUCUGGCUGUUUGGGUCUUUGUGCGCCUUUACCUUUACCUAAGCGUGCUGUGAUAGAGAAAAUGACUAAUUAUUAGUACUUUGCCUCAAAUACUAAAUUAAAUAAAAUAAAUAAAUUUUUGUGUUUAGCUGUUGAGCUAAACAACAACUUAGUUGGUUUACAUAAUAAACUUCCCCCUCUAUAGGCCAUGUAUUUUAAAGUGAAAGGUACUAGUAUUUUGGAGGAAUAAGAUCUGAAAUUAUGUUACUUUAGGUUUUUUGAUAAGUGGUGUAACUUCAAAUACUCCCAUUUGCUCAUCACUUUAGUUGUUCCGUGAAGCUCGUCGUACAUCUCCCUGUGUGGUAUACUCACCACAUUUUGAUGCCUUGUGGAAUGCUACAGGAGACAGUCUACAUGCUACCCUGCUGUCACUGCUUCAUGAUCUUCCUCCACUUGCACCAGUGCUGUUUCUAGCAACUGCAGAUGAGAGUUGGGUGCAACUUCCUGUCAUCAUGCGGGAGCUCUUCUCUGACAAAACUGGACAAGUAAGGAAGCUGUCAUAGAGUUCUGAAGUGUGAUGUCAUAAAAAUUAAAUUUCUGAAAUUAUGGAAUUUGUCAGGAUAUUCUGAAAGAACAACGUCCAAGAUUUUUUGGGGGUCAACCCAAAAAAAAUGUAGAAGGGUUUGUAUGUAGUUAUCAGAGCAUAACUGAGCUAACAUCUCAGAGAAAUGCUCAUUUUUGGCAAGUAGGCCUCUUGGACAUUGUUCUUUCAGAAUAUCCUGAUAAAUCCCAUGAUUUCAGAAAUUUGAUUUUAAUUACAUCAUCACUUUUCUACUCUGUUAUCAUUUAAUUUAGUAAUUUAUUGUUUACGUGCAAGCCUCCUUCAGCAGCAAGGAAAGUUGUGUCUGAUAGCCCAGAGUUAGUGGGUUUUGCUAUUGGGCUAGUGAACUUUGUUCUUAAGUUGCCUGAUGGGCAAGUGAAGUUUUUUGAGGGAAUUCAAAUUGCAGAAGAACUCAGGGAUGUUGCUAGGAGCCGGCUGCCAGCUAAUUUCACCAGCUGAAAAAGAGCUUACCACCAGCGCAAAUUGCAAACAAAAACAAAGGCAUGGGGGAAUUUUAGAGAUGCAGUUGAGUGAAAAAGCCAGCUUGACGAAUAAAAAAGCCGGCUUAUCUUUUCCUUAGCUUCAUCCCUGAGAACUGUAAUCAAUCCUGAGGGUCAAGAGUUUUUUCCAGGCUAGUUAAAGUGACUCUUAGACAAACGAGUACCUGUUAGCUGCAGCUUGCCUGAAGGGCUAGCUUUGAAACUUACUUUUUCUGCACCCUUUUCUUCCUCUGAUUGCAUCUUCCUUCCCUAUUAAUCAAGGCAAAGAAAUACGGCUUUUAAUGGACAAAUAAAUUACCAAAGAAUUAGUGUAUUCAUCUUUCAAUUUUUUUUCCUUCACUAGGUCUUUCAAGUGGCUGAUCCUACAUCAGAUGAAAGGAGAGCUUUCUUCAAUGAUCUCUUUCUGGGAGAAGCUGUCAAGCCACCCAAACCAGCCAAAUCGAGUGAGAAUCUAGUGUCUGUUGCCUUCAAUUUUACCUUAUUUCCAAACCUGUUAAAGUUGAUAAAUAAUAUGUAGUUAUUUUUGGUCUCAACUAACAUUAUAAUGCUAAAUUUUUACUCUUGAUCAGAAAAAAAUUGGGUUUUGGAAGUGUUGCCCUUUGCCCCUACCCCUCCUCCAAGGCAGCUUACAGAGGCUGAACUGAGAAAAGUUCGCCAAGAUGAAGAGAACACAAUGAGGGAGCUGCGCAUCUUCCUCAGAGAUGUACAUGCAAAGCUCAUGAUGGAUCGCAGAUUCAAAGAGUUUUCAAAACCGGUUGAUUUGUUGGAGGUACAUUUUGAAAUUAUUUGAUAAACUUAGCAUCUCUCGCUGGAGAGAUGGACUUGGAAGCAGUCACUUCUUUCAAAAGCCUCACAAUAGUGUUUGUCUCAGUUUUAUUCAACUGAUAAAAGGUUUCAUCUACAAUCAGUGACAGAUAGUGUUGAGACAUUGUCCUCCAGUGGGGUAGCUUCAGAGAACAAGACAAUUCACAUCCCUCCUCCCUCCUCCCUCCUCCCUCCCCUCCAUUCAAAGUUGGAGCUUUGGUUUUCUACAAGUAGUUUGAACAGUGGUAAAACAUUGCAUGGAGGGUCGGGGGAGGGAAAGCUUUAUUUUCCCCUUUGUAAGGUGGCAACAUUUGGCAAAGUGUCUCAACUAAUUUUGUCACUGAUUGCAGGCAAUGACAUGCUGUUGGUUCUCAUCGCAUUUUGUUUUACUACUGUUGCAUGUCUUGUGGUUCAUAGCUUAGAGGACACCCUGUUAAUUUCUUGCUUUUCAUCAUAACAAAGUUUAAGCUGUGAAAUAUUUAGCCACAAACUAAGGAUGACCUUUUCAGAUAUGGAAGUUAGUUUCUUGCAACUACUUUUUUUGGUUGUUUUAGGUUCCUGACUACCUUGAGGUGAUUGAAGAUCCCAUGGAUCUUGCAACAAUGCUGCACAGAAUUGAUUGCCAUUACUACAGCACCUGUGCACAGUACUUAGCAGAUGUUGACUUGAUAACAAGUAACGCUUUAAAGUACAACCCUGACCGAGACCCCCUGGAUAAACUUAUCAGGCACAGGGCGUGUGAGCUAAGUGAUUCAGCUCACUCGCUCAUUAAGUCUCAGCUGGAACCAGAGUUUGAAAAGGUACAUUGUGCAGGGAUGUCCCUAAGAGCAGGCUAACAGCUAAUUUAACUCGCUGAAAAAAGAGUUUACCACCGACUAAAAUUGCUCUGGGAAGAGUGAAGUUGGAGAAAAAGGUGGUUGAGAAAUAAAAAAGCCUGCUUAGCUUUUCCGUAGCUACAUUGCUGAUUAUGACAUUACAAGAGCCGGAUUUGGGGGUUUACAAGUAAAUACGGGGAGCAAAGGCCUGCUCCCGCCAAUUUUUGUCCAGGGUUUGCAUUGAUUGGUUUUGCCAGUACUCCAAAUAUCAAUUUUUGUAUAGUAGACAACCCAAGUAUGCUUGCAAACCUGUUACCCUGUAGUUAAGUCCUUUAACAUUACAUGUGUUUUGGAUGGAGCGCUCUACUGAGAAGAGUCCAAGAUAGUGGAUGGUUGAGUUGAAGCUUAUCUGAACUCAAACUUCACAGGGUUUUGAAACAGUUUUGUUCGAGGGAGGCAGCUUCUUACCUUUUCUAGUUCAUUUGUGCACCAAUUGAAUAAUUAUCUGUUGCUAAAACUACCGUCCUGUUCUGUACUGUACCGUUUUGACCAUUUGUAUGAAAUUUUUUUCACAGACCUGUGAAGAAAUCAUUGCUUCAAGAGAAAGAAGAGGUAAUUUUUUGGUAUUGUUGAAAUAAGAUAUCAGGUUUGCUCAAAUAGCACUUAUUUAUUUUUAUUGUUUCUUUGAUAUUGUUAAUGCUACAACAUAUUUUAUGGACAUAGGCCUUAAAAACUAACUUGCAUGAGUACAUUUCAAGUUCACGAAAUUCUCAGCUGUUGAUAGAAUACUAUUUUGACUUUGUGGUACAGUAAGCAGUCAUUGUAGCUUGAAUAUUGUAUUGUUUCCUUGUUGAGCAAAUUCUGCUCCCAAAAUCGGUCAUCGUGGCCAUUCCAAGAAACUUUUCCUGAAGCUACCUCUCAGGAGGCAAAGGACAUUGAGAAUCAACCCAGGUUGAAACCAUUUUAACAAAUUUUAUUUUGACCUACAACAUCAGGGUGCAAAGAAAGUCAGUUUUACAGCUUGCCAUUUGGGCCAGCUGUAGCUAGCAUGUACUAGCCCAAAAGUCAUUUGAAUUAGCCCCCCCUGAAAAAGUAUAUAUAUGUGCCAGAGGUCUGCAGCCUUUCAGCAUGCACAUACCUAGUUGUUUGCUACAUCCUUCAUGUGAUUCAAUGGUGUGGGGAGUUUCCUUUGUGCUGCAUUGGCCAUGUCAGGAGGUUUCAUUCAGCCACAGCCCCUGGAUACUCCAGCACCCAACCUCCAUUUAGCGAUGCAGUUAUUAAUAUUUAUUUAUUCAAACCUAAAUAUUGUUGAUAAUUUUUUGUGGAUACCAAUAAUGUAAUAUGAUUAUGAUAUCAGAAGAGUGCUUAUGUAUUGCUUAUGUAUCAACAUAUAUUUAAUUUUAGCCUGCAUAGUAAACGCAAGCAUUUCCGUUUGGUUUUGGAGCAAAGAAAGACCGAGGAAGGGGAUUUUCGGUUCUGGCUGCUCAAGAAGUGACACAAGAGCCAAAAAAUGAAAGAGGGGAGAUGGGGAGGGGAAGGAAGGAAACGCUUGCAUACAAACCCCAGGUUUCCUGCAAUGUUUUUUCAUGCUGGGUACAGCUCGUUAGUGUUUUUUUUGCGGGAUGUUAAAUUCUCUGAUUUACAGAUCCAAAUUUUGAAGAAUGGAUUGCACUUUAAGCUGAAGCUACAUCAACUAUGGAGAAUUACAUUGUAACUCAGUCAAGAUUGCUCUUCAAGCAAUGAUUACUCAGAAAUAACUUUUAAUUAGCUUAACAGUCUUGCAACUGUUCUGUUAUUGCCACUUUCUGAUCAGGCAAGACCAUGAUUUAGGUUCUUUGCCGAACUUCAUCAGUUGCGCGGUUGGCUUUGUUCUUAGUUGUCACGUCAACAAGUUGAAAUUAUUGCAGUAUUGUCAAAUGAAGUGGUUCGCUGAUUGAAGUUAGUAAUGAAAGUAAUUUCGUCUGCUUCUCAAUUAGGAGAGAAAACAACUGCCAUAGCACCCCCUUUUGUGUUCACUGAUCCAGCAACACAAGGAAACUCAUCUUCCACACUAAACACACAGCCAGCAGAAUCAGCAAAAGAAGCACUGGGAGUGUCAGAUAUAACCUUUGUGUCAGAAUCACAAUCACAGAACAAUAGCACUGAGCAGAAGAAGAAACCACGUCGACGAAAAGCUCCAAUCUACUGGGGCAAGAGACCUAGUAGAAAGAAAACAGAUGCAAAACGGAAGUUAGACUCUGAUCUUGAUGUGGCCCAAAAGCAAAAAGAGCUUGCAGAAAAUGGUGAUAGUGAACAAAGUGAUGCUGAGGAUCUUGCUGCUAAUUCUAAUUGCGAAAAGCCUGUUGAGGAAGAAUCUGGAAAAUUCAGUGAAGCUGAGAAAGCUGUAGUUGUAGAUGAUGAUUUAGAGUGUGAAUACAGAGAUGCCAACCAUAAAAGUGUUGAAGAUGACAUCAUGCACUUGGAGAAUGGAGGUGACUCUCUUGUAAAUGGGGAUGUUGUACUGUUGGACAAUGACACUCCUACUGAAAUUUGUCCCAAGUUGAAUUCCAAGUCUGUGCUUCAAAAUGAUGUGGAAGAAAUAUCACGGUUACCUGAAAAAACUCUGAAAAAUCAUGUUUUAAAUCAAAUGGACACCAAUGUACUUAAUGGUAUUCCUACUGAGGGCUGCUCAGACGAAAUUAUGCAGGAUAGAGAGUUGGAUUGUACUGGUGAGAAAUGUGAAAAAAAAAAACAAAAACAUAAUAUACAUUAUAACAUUUCAUUGCAUCUUUCAGUCAAGUAUGUGUAACUCCUAAACAAAUUGGGUUAAACUCAACUUAAAGUAAAGAAGAGCUUCCCAAAAAGUCUCUCGACCAACUGUAGGGAAACUGUUGACCAACAGUCUGCCGACACUGGUAAAAAGGAAGACCUAAGUUUAAUACAUCACCUCUUAAACUACUUAAUCAGUGCACGGAAUUUGUUUUCUUUGGCAGCCAUUUUGAGUUUUGCAGGCAGUUGGUGCGAGAUCUGGGACUGAGAAAUCUUCGGAGCCGUUCAUAUCUCGUAUUUUACUUGGCAAGUGAUCGGAUCUUCCAAGAGUUUUCCGAACGUCUCAGACCUGUCCACAGACCCUUAAUACAAUUUUCUUAACAAUCUUUGAUUUCAUAUUGCAGUCAACUCUCUCUAAGACAGACGCCUUCGGGACCAGCACUUAGCCUGCGAAAACAUCCAUUUCUCCUCGCUCUUUGCCGCUGGGGACGUUUCGCGAGGAGGAACGUCUGCGACUCAGCGACAGAAAUUCCAUACUGAUGACGUAAAAUCUGUCCGGAAUCCGGUCAGGAGCUCUGAUUGGUCGACGGAGUAAUUACAUUGUUUUAGCUAUUGUUUACAAAUGACAGACAAAAGGCCACAAAGGUCAAAUGUAAACGCGAAGAAUCUCGCACAAAACAGUCAAUAUUUGUCGAAUAAACUCUUCUCUAGAAGAAGCGUUUGAGUUUGCUGGAGCUCGUUGGCAGAUGAACACAACACUUUACCAAAAUCGAUCAGAAGACACGUAACAUUGGACAUGACUACUGGAUUUUUUAUGUAAACAUUGAUUUGCGUCAUCAGUAUGGAAUUUCUGCCGCUGAGUCGCAGACGUUCCCCCGCGCAAAACGUCCCCAGCGGCGAAGAGUGAGGAGAAAUGGAUGUUUUCCAGGCUAGACCAGCACUAAGUGUCCUUCUAAGAGAGAUGUCCGUCUUAUAGAGAGUCAAAGAAAGGUAGGGACCAACUUUAAGUGUCUGUUUUAAAGAGGUGUCCGUCUUAUAGGGGUGUCUGUUAAUAGAGAGUUGACUUUAUAAUCAUUAUUUCAAUACCAUAUAAUCUAACGGCAAGUAAGACCCCCCUGUGAUUACAUUUACCAAUCCAACACACAAGAUCCUAGAAAACUCACAUAAAAUAGUAAGUGUGGUUGUAACAUCUGCUUUUGAAUACUAUUAAACAGAGGAUGAAGCCUUCAAUGAUCUCCCCAACAGACAGCUUGAAAAGUCACCUCAAAGUCAAAUAAACCCGACUGAAAAUGAACUUGAAAUAUCAGUAGAAGGUAACAGCUGCAGCAGUCAGCUUGCUGAUGAUCAUGACUUAAAAGAGAAGCUGGAGGUUUUAGUAGAUCUGUUGGUUGACUCAUCUAAAGGUGCUUCAAUCGAGAUGUUAGAGCGGUACUACAGUGCACUUCAGUCUUGCAUCCACAAGCAGCGUCACAGUCAUGAUAAGACACAACUUCUCAAGGUUUGUUUUCUCUGAGGUUAGGUUAAGCUCUACUCCCCUUUGCUACCAAAUCAGACUUGAGCUUGGCAAACUAAUAUUGAAAAUGCGAGUGUGAUAGUCAAAUAAACAAAGCAGAUUUUACAACAUCCCAGGAAUGCACAUUAAAUUUUUCCAAAAGUACACUGUAUUAAACUUUUUAUGCGGUGUACUUCUGUGCACUCUUACAUGGACAUGUACGUGUACCAGUUUGACAUACUAACUUGUGCAGUCCAUUUAUACUUAGUAAUGAGACAGGAAUUUGCGAAAUGGAAUUAACAUUUCAGAAAUUAUGAUUAUCCUAUCUUCCUCUAAUUCCCCAAGUAUUGUGACCUACGAGGAUUGAAUACAAGACAGUUUCAAAAUUUUGAGAAAGUCAUGUCCCCAAGAGCCUCAUUUCCUUCUGUUCCUCAGGGCAAGCACAUAGACGAAAUUAGGCAAUUAAGCCUCGGUUUAACAGCACACAUUGUUUCGGCAUUCUCACAACACACUAUUUUUCUGGAGAGUCGAAUGAAAAGAGAUUUUGAGAUCAUCACAUUCUCUCAACAUUUUGUUGAGUGAAUGUCAAGAGAUGUUAAGACCGUGCCACUUCAAACCAUCAACCACAACAUGCCCUGAACAAAUAUGAAUAGAUAUUCAUAUUUUCCUUUACAAAAGAUGAAUAGUUGGUGUGUUUUUCCAUGAAGUCCCACUUAAACAGUUGCCACAUCUCACAACAGUGUUGAUUUGGGUUGUCAGUUGGCUUUGAAAAUGUUGUGAGAAAAUGUAGAGAAAAUAUUGUGAUAAUUUGAGCAGGCUUUUAUUUGGGAUUGGAAUUGUGUUCAGGGCCGUAGCCAGAAAAAAAAUGAGGACUGAGGCAAUAUCCAUCGUUGAAUUCCCCUCCUAGCUAUUCAGGGUCUUUACGAUGACUACGUUUAAACAAAACACUAAUCAAACCUUAAAUGACUGAGGCAGGUGCCUCGGUUUGCCUCAUACUGGCUACGGCCCUGGUGUUUCAUGUAAUCAUCCAAAGCACACAGACUUGCUUUGAAUAGACCAAUUUCGAUAAUGGUAAAAUUCAUACUUGGCUAAAGGGUUAGGGAAAUAAAACAAAAGAAAUGUAUUACAGUCAAACCCAAUUGAUACAGACACCAAGGGGGCCAUGGAAAGUGUCCAUAUUAACAGGGUGUUUGUAUAAAGUGGGUUGAAUAAUUAGCGAAAGUUUAAGGGCUUUCUUUCCCCAGGGACAAAGCACACUGUCCGUAAUAAUGAGGUGUCUAUAUUAAGCGGGUGUCCGUAAAGGGGGUUUUGACUAUAUUCAUCGCUGAAUCUCAAGAUUGAUUCAUUUGUUUCAUUCCCCUAUGCCUUGGAGCCAAGUUUGAAUUUGGGUCUAUUCAAAUUCUUACCCAGAGAUUCCUAUGUUUUUGUUUAUUCAAUAACAGUAAUGUAAUUUCAUUUUGUGUGUGUGUGUGUGUGUUGCAGGACCUGGAAAUAAUGAUUGAAGGGUUUGGACCAUCCCAGACACAGACAAGAGCAUUCUGAAAAACAUAGUAGGCGUAUCAAAUGCUGUAAAAAAAAAACUUUUCAUAAUACCUGUAAAUAGUUGAUCACUUUGCAUUACCUGGCAACAGUUAAUUUAUUAAAAUUAAAUUAUUUUGAUAUGUCAUUAAUUAUGUACAUUAUUGUAACUUCCCUGCAGUGUACCUGUAGAAUUGUUGUUCUUUGAUGAAAGUUUUGAUAGUCAAUUCCAUUUAUAUUUUUUUGGGUGCUAUUAUUCUACAAUAAUUUGGAAACCCUCUCCCAAACUGCUGAUGAUACAACAAUACCUUAACACUACAGCUAGAUUUUUCAAUUCCAGAGAAGAACCUCAAGAGAUUAUUACUGCAAUCAUUAUUAUCUCAAUGAAAGAUAACUGAGAUCCAAUCCUUGAUCAUAUUAGUUCAAAUUCCGGUUCUGGUGAACCUAAACUAACAAACAUUUUAGGAUUAACAAAGACAAGUGCAACAACAAUGACUGCUGUGUAGUCACUUACUAACCUGAUGCACUCAUGAGAGGCACUUACGAAUGGAAGAAACUCUAAUCAUGUAGUCGUAGUUAAAAAACAAUUGCUUGCAAUUGUGGCUGUAGGAUCAAGUGUAACAGUCAUAACUAAGAUAAAAGGUUUUGAUAUUAAUCUUAAGGAUUAAGAAGACUUGAAAAUUCUUAACUUCCUCUCACAUUUGUAUUACUUUUGUCGUACAUUAUGGCAAGCAUAAAAACUUACUUUGCUGCUGAAAAUAAACACUUUCGUAAAUUUUUCUGAUAUAUGUUAGGUUUUACAAAAACAGAUCUUGUAAAUUGUCAUAGACAUCUUCUCUUGAUGUGUAUAUGGGGUCAUUGCUGAAUAAUUUCCAGAACUUUCUUGCAAUGAAAAUGGCAUCACAUUCUUAAAUUUCAUCCUUUUGCAAACUGCAGCAGUAAAUGAUCACUCUAGAGAAAUAUACUUCUAGGAGUUAAUGAUGGCAGAC